AUGGCCAAGCACAAGAAGGUCGCUUCUGACGGUGAGCGUGCUUCUUUCUAUCUUUACUUGCAUGGCAGACCUCUCCUCAUCUGUGGACACCUUGGUCAGAUGAAGAAGCUGGAAAGUGUCCAGACGAAGGUGCAACGAUCAAUGAAAACAAAUCCUGCACAGAAAAUUUUGGACAGUCAAUUGGUCAACAUCAUGGCACCAGAGGCCGCCAAACCAAAACCAAGACCAAGAGCAGUCCUGAAGAAGUCCAAACCGCCAAUGAGGUUAAAAUCGCAAGGUAGCAAGAAUCAGCCCCCAGCGUCUGAACUACAAUCACAGUCUCUGAGCUCACCGGAAGAGGAUAUGCCCAGAUCCCAGCUUCGUGGUCCUGACUCGCGGUUUGGUUUUGUUCCCCCCGAUGUGAUCGCAGAGGAGGAUAAGAAUGGUCCAGGCGAUGACGAGGGUGAUUUGGAUGACGGCAACAACAAUGUAGAUGAUGCAGAUACUGACAAUGUUCACAAGGCUUACAAUAUUCAUGAUGACAUCGAUGACAAUGAAGUCCAGUCCCUUACCCACAGCACUAGUGGCUUGUGCACGAAGGAUAAGCAAUGUGCACGUCCUCUCUCUCCGUUUUGGUCCGAGGAUGACGACACCAUCCCGUCCCCUCCCCGGCGCACUAACAACUCUCCAACGAAGAAAAAGAAACAUGCACGUCCAACCUCUCCAUCUCCAUCUACUGAUGAUGGUGCGAUGUUGUCCCCUCCCCGUGUGAAAAAACAGACACACGCACAUCCUGUCUCUCGAUCCCAGCCUGCAAAUGAUGGUGCCCUAUCUCAUCCCCAACGUGCUGACAACUUAUCUCGUCCACAACGCGCCAACAACUCCCAUGCUCACUCUGUUUCAUCAAUGGAUAGUGGCAUCCCAUCUCCUCCAAGGCGUCAUGAAGCAGCUAACAACCAAGAUCGCGCUAGGAGCCAGGAUCAGCUGGUGGACAACAGCCCUAAUAACGCUGGUUCCAUACGCGAUGUCCUUGAGGACUAUCAUGCAAAGAACCAUCGUCCUCGCCCACCCAACCCAGAUAGACUCAAGCAUCUGUGUCAACAGGCAGCAGAUGAAUUAUCUGCUAACAAAGCGGACCAGGUCGUAGACUCAUCCAAGAAAUGUCUUGGAGGCUUCGAAGAAGAAGUCAUGACUAGGGUUGGUAUUGAAUAUCUCACGGAAACACUUGACAAUUUUGCAGCGGAUGAUAUCAGCGUCGAGGACGGCUACUGGGAUAGAUAUAAACGUGACAUGGCAAUUAUCUUAUGGGAUGACCGAGCUACAAUGCGGUCCGAGAUGAAAAAAGCUGCACGGCCCCUUGCUGCCACCAAGUUUGGCAUCCUACCAUCGGACAUCGACAACGACAACGAGUUUGAGGGCCAUGUCAGUCGACGAGUCACAGAGUUAUUGGAUGGCGGUUAUUUCUUGCAGAACGGUGUUGACGAACAGGGGAGGACCAACAACCUCGCCCAUGACGCACUCGGCGAGUUGUGUACUACCGUUUUCUACAAGGGCGACAACGCACUCGUGAAGGUCUUCCCAGAUGUAUUUGCUGAGGCUGUUCCCGAGGGUGCCGUGGCACUUGCAGCAACCGCACUUGCUGCAGCCAUCGACGAGUACAAGACUGGGGUCUAUCUGCCGACAAAAUUCGCUGCUGAUUUAUAUCAUCCUAUCUACGAUAACGUUGUCGAACUCUACAAGACAAUCCAGGUUUGCGUUUAUGGGGGCUGGUUCACCCGUGACAACCUCACCCAACUCCUCCGAAGGGCUGAAUUCUCCAAGAUUGCUGGUGGAGAGAUUGAGAGCUGGCCAGUCAAUGUUGCCACUAUUGAGACCCGCGAUGUCAAGGUCAUGACAGAACUUUCAUGUAUUGAUCCCACUACCUCUUCAAACAAUGCUCCAGCGCCCUCCACCUGUUUCGCACCACCCAUAGACUUACCUGAUGACUCCAAAGACCUCGUGACUGAUGUCAUAGGGGUUCAUGUGUCUUCAUUUUCAGAUACUGUCAAAUGGUCCAGUGGGUUCACCACUAUCCUCACACAUCAUUCAUAUACAUCAUCAUGA